UUUGAUGAAUUGCCAAUCGUCAUAUAUUUUGCUGUCAUUUAUCCAAAUAUUAUUGCCGAACUUUUUAUUCACGGUAUAUUAAAAUUAAUAAUGGAUACUGGAAGAAAAAGAUUACCCAAAUCAAUGCAGGUUAAAAAUAAAACCCCUGCGGAUAUUCAAAUUACUGCAGAGCAGUUAUUGAGGGAAGCUAAAGAAAGGGAACUUGAAAUCGUUCCACCUCCACCCAAACAAAAGAUAUCAGAUCCUGAAGAACUAGAAUCCUACAAACUCCGUAAACGAAAAACAUUUGAAGAUAGUAUCAGAAAAAAUAGAAAUUCUCUUACCAAUUGGAUAAAAUAUGCUCAAUUUGAAGAGAGUCAACAAGAAAUACAAAGAGCAAGAUCUAUUUACGAAAGAGGAUUAGAUGUUGACCAUCGGGGUGUAACAUUAUGGUUGAAAUAUGCCGAGAUGGAAAUGAAGAAUAAGCAAAUAAACCAUGCUCGCAAUUUGUGGGACAGAGCAGUUUCGUUGUUACCCAGGAUGAAUCAGUUUUGGUACAAGUACGUUUACAUGGAAGAAAUGUUAGGGAAUAUACCCCGAGCUAGGCAAAUAUUUGAGAGAUGGAUGGAAUGGCACCCAGACGAACAGGCGUGGGCCACUUAUAUCAACUUUGAGAAAAGACACGGGGAAUCUCAAAAAAUUCGGGAUAUAUUCGAGCGAUUUUCUAUGGUCCAUCCCGAAAUUAACAAUUGGAUCAAAUAUGCCAAAUAUGAAGAAUAUAAUGUAAAUUCUUCAGAAUCAGGAAAAGCCGGUGCUAUAGCUAGAGCGAGAGCCAUAUAUGAAAGGGCCCUCAACUUUUUUGGAGACCAAAACCUUAAUUCUAGAUUAUGUAUCGAAUUUGCAAAAUUUGAAGAACGGUGUAAAGAGCACGAGAGAGUAAGAGUGAUCUACAAAUAUGCACUGGAAACUUUGCCUAAAGAUGAAUGCCAAGACCUAUACAAGGCCUACAGUAUUCACGAAAAGAAAUAUGGGGAUCGGCAAGCGAUAGAAGAUGUGGUCACCAAUAAACGAAAACUCAAAUAUGAAGAGGAAAUCUCUACGGACCCUUUAAAUUACGAUGCCUGGUUCGAUCUUUUGAGAUUACUGGAAUCAGAAGGAGAAGUGGAGAUCAUUAGAGAUAACUAUGAACGAGCCAUAGCUAACAUCCCUCCUAUCGAGGAAAAACGAUAUUGGAAACGGUAUAUAUACCUUUGGAUAUACUAUGCCCUCUUUGAAGAGCUCGAAAUGAGAGACAUGGAAAGAACUAGGCAAAUAUAUAAAACAUGCUUGAAGGUUGUCCCUAAUAAGAUUUUUACUUUUGCUAAGAUAUGGAUCUCUUUUGCUCAGUUCGAAAUUAGGCAAAAGAAUUUGACGACAGCGCGCAAGAUAUUGGGUCAUGCCAUAGGUAUGUGCCCAAAGGAUAAAUUAUUUCGUUCGUAUGUAGAUACGGAGAUACAAUUGAGGCAGUUCGACAGAGCCCGGACUCUCUAUGCCAAAUGGUUAGAAUAUAAUCCUUGCAAUGUUCUCACUUGGGUAAAAUUUGCGGACCUCGAAACUAUUUUAGGCGAUUUAGAUAGAGCAAGAUACUUGUUUGAUCUAGCCACCGAGUUGAGCAAGCUAGAUAUGCCUGAGAUUCUAUGGAAAGCCUAUAUAGAUUUCGAGUUGGAACAAGAAGAAUAUGAUAGGGUGAGAACGCUCUAUGAUAGGCUGUUAUCAAGGACUAAUCAUGUCAAGGUAUGGAUAAGCCUUGGGGAGUUUGAAAUGUCGGUUCAAACAGAAAUGAAAGAUGGCUCUCCAAGUAAUUUUAAUAGGGCCCGGGAUGUUUACCAAAAGGCAAAUCAAAUUCUGGCUAAGUCAGAAACUGAUAAAGAAGAAAGGGUGACAUUGCUUGAGGCGUGGAAAAAAAUGGAAUUGCAAUGCGGCGAUCCCGAGAAGAUAAAAAACGUGGAAAAAUUGAUGCCUCAGCGAAUUAAAAAACGACGAAGAAUCAUAAACGAAACGACAGGUGAGGAAACUCCCGGAUGGGAAGAAUACUUUGACUACGUUUUUGAAUCGGACGAAACGCAAAAACCAAAUCUCAAAUUGCUAGCACUCGCAAAGAGAUGGAAGAAAAGCGAUGAUACAGUCCCAAAUGUGAAUGAUGGAAAUGACACACAAUAAAUAUUAUAUUGGUAUUCGGUUUAAAAAAAAUAUUGUAUUCGUUUAAAAUCCCUAAUUGUAUUGCUAUUGGUUUAUACAUAUAUAAA